AUGGCUGGUCCAGACGACCAUGCGGAGGAGACUAAGAAGUCUCUCUAUCAGCAGGUCAGAGCAUGGGGAGGCUCUAUUUUCUCUCAUUCUUAUUUACAAUUGACUGUUCGAAGCUCACUGGUCUUCACCACAGAGUCCCCCGUGCCGCCAACGGUUCUCGCAACUCUCAUUACUGCGCAACACAUGCGUCCCUUCCAAUUCUUACCCAUGACGUUUCCACCCGUCCUGCUCUUUACCUCGUACGCAAAUCUCCAAGGAUUCAAGGUCGACAGCUCAGGGAUAAGCGCAGCUUGGUCCGGUCUGUAUCUCGUUCUUGCCAGUCGGCGGAAGCAGCCAUUCAUGAAAAAAUGGGGAGCAAGAGGUAUCAUUCGCGGUGCUACAAUGGGCCUAUGUCUGGUAAACAUGGUUGCUGGUGGGUUGACCUACACUCUUGGGAAGCGAGAGAAGGAGGAUGAGUGA